AUGGUUUCUGCUGCAAGGGGCCCCUUGGAUUUGAAGAAAAUCCCACGAGACAUCGGGGAGGGUGUAAUUAACACAAUCGCCAAGUUAGCCAAGACCUGCACCCUGCGCCUUACUGUCAGCAAGCUGUAUUUCAUCCUCUCUGAUAAAGUAGCAAAUGGAGGCACCAGUAUGUGGUGUGAGCUGUGCCAGGGGAAUUUCUUCGAUGAAUUUCAGAUGGAAGGAGUAGCUGCAGAGCACAAUGAAAUCUAUUUAGAGUUGAUGCCUGAGAACCUGUCGAGAGCAUUAAAAACUGCCCAGAGUGCUAAGGCAGUGAAGAUCAAGUUGACUAACAAACACUGUCCCUGUCUCAGAGUUGCUGUGGAGCUACCAUCCUUAUCAAGCAGCAGUAGGAUUGUGACACAUGACAUUCCUGUGGGGAUUAUUCCCAGAAGAUUAUGGAAUGACUUCAGAGAGCCCAGUGUGCCAGACUUUGAUGUCAGUAUUUACCUACCAGUGCUGAAAACAAUGAAGAGUGUUGUGGAGAGAAUGAAGAAUCUCAGCAAUUCCAUUGUGAUUGAAGCAAACUUGAGUGGAGAAAUGAACUUGAAAAUAGAAACUGACUUAGUAUCUGUAACAACACAUUUUAAAGACUUGGGAAAUCCUCCCUGGGCAUCAGAGGAUGGAUGUCAAAGUUCUGCUCAAGGCAGAGAUCUGGAAAGCAUGGCUGAGGCACGCAUAGAUAUCAAGAAGCUGCAGCAGCUGCUUGCUGGACAGCAGGUCAAUCCCACAAAAGCAUUGUGCAAUAUUGUAAGUAAAAGAAUUGUCCACUUCAUCUUGCUCCAUGAGGAUGUUUCGCUUCAGUAUUUUAUUCCGGCACUUGCCUGAGUGUUUUGGAAUCUCGGUCAUUUUCCCAUCUGAGGCCUUUUCCACGAAGUCUGAAAACUUUCAUGAGUUGCUGGAGUACUCUCAUGUGAUAUGCUGUUAGAUGCAGCCAUCAGAUGGACAUUAUUUCCAUAUUUAUGAAAUUAUUCAAAAUAUCUGCUCAUCCAGAAGGCCAUUUUUAUGAAGAGUUAAAUGCUGUGAAAGACACAAUGCUGGGGAGCUGGCAUAUCUGAGUGUUACAGGGA